AACAGCAGCACGGUCCGGGGAAGCGGUCACUCGGGCAGAGCAGCGGCUGUGGACGAACAGAAACAUUCUCAUCCUCUCAGCGCUGCUGUUCUCUUCGACGAGAGAAAAUUCCUCUGAAUUUGCGCGUGAGAAAUGUGAAACUCUUUGGGCGCGUGUGUGUUUAGGAGAAAUGCAGCGCUCCUCUUCCUCAGCCUGCUCGAGCUGAUUAACGGCUAACAUCGCACUCGCGCGCUGAACAAGCCUUGAUUUUUUUUUGGAUACAGAAACGGACCGAGCUCCAGACCCAACAAACGGACAGCAGUACAGAAUCAACGGCUAAACCAACGGACAGAACUACAGAGUCGACGGCAAAACCAAAGGACAGAACUAUAGUUAACGGACAGAGUCGACCGUUAAACACACGAACUGACCUAGCUAGCUAUUUCUCUUAAGAGUCAACGGCUAAACGAGCGGACUGUGCAAAGUCAACAGCUAAUCCAAGGUACUGAACUAGCUAGGUUAGCUUUAUCGCUAAAGUGUUAAAGUGAAAUUUAAUUGAAAGAGUCAGCGACUAAAACAAGCGGACUACAGAGUCAUCGGCGUCAGAAACCGAUUAACUACGUAUUUUCUCAACGUUUUAACUAACGUUAGCCUUUUCUCUAAAAGACCAACAGCUAAACGAACGGACUGAGCUAAUCAACUCUUCGUUGUUGUUUUAGUGCGAACUCAACAGUCGUACUCAAAUCACCACAGCUGCCCCAGCCAGGCACUCAAGUGCGAAUAGACUCCUCUUUUCCUUCCGGUGAGUCUACCAGUCCAUUUGCAGUACACAGGCUGAAAUAUGGAGCUCCGCGUCUUUGCUUUUACACUUUUCUCCAAAACUUACCAGUACUUGAACAUGGUGCACGUUUAGACGCCGUUCCGUCCCACCAAAUCUGUCGAUGUCUCCAGCCUCCUCCUCCUACGCCUUCUCUUUCCACCUGCCCUCAAGACUGUCCAAGACUCGUCUCGUCCUGGAUUAUAAACCGCUCCCCGCUGGACGCUGUGUUUGAGCUGAGAGAGUUUUUAAAGGCAUUUCUAUCUCUCUCUCUCGAUCCUGGAGAGCGUGCACCAUCAUCAUCAACAGCAGCAGCAUGGCCCGUGCGCGCUCGCGCUGCCGCUGAGGGUGGGCGCGCGCCUUGUGCGCUCUCUGUGCCAUGUGUUAGUGCGCGCGCUUGCGCUCCCGCACCGCGCAGACAUGAUCCUGUUCCGCAGGUUCCGCGUGCUCAUACUCACCGUUUUUCUCGUGGCCUGCAGCGUGCACAUCGUCAUCGAUCUGUUGCCCCGGUUGGAGAGGCGUAACAGCAGCACAAGCAGCAGAUCACCGCAGACCCCCGCGUGCUCGUGCCCGCGCGGCCCUGGCGAAGAAGCGCCCGGAUGGGCCGCGUGGCCCAAUAAACACACGCUCAGGCUGCUGCAGGACUUCAGCAACGAGCCAGGCUCCAACCUGACCUCACACUCGCGCGAGAAGGCCAGCACGGCCGAGGCGCCCAGCAGGGUGGACAAUCAGCAUCAGAAUCAUCAUCAGCAGCAGGAUCAACGCGCGCGGCCAGGACUAGAAGGCCACGAGAGGAGAGGAGGGCACGAGACCGCCUUCAGCAGGAGACCAACGCCUAAAGGCUCCAGACUACACGCUCUCUUCGAGCACCCACUCUAUAAGAGACCUCUGCCAACACUGACCGAGGAGGACACUCUGUUCAACGUCAACACUGAUAUCAGAUUUGACCCCAAAGCUGCAGAGAACCAAGAGUGGCAUGGGCAGGAGAAGGAUGGAGAUUAUGCUCCUACAGGUGACCUUUCCUCAGAUUCUUAUCCAAACUGGCUCCGUUUCCACAUUGGGAUAAAUCGCUAUGAGCUCUACUCCAGACACAAUCCGGUCAUUGAUGCCAUGCUCAAGGACCUGGUUACGCAGAGAAUCACCAGCGUUGCUAUGAAAUCUGGAGGCACUCAGCUGAAGCUCAUCAUGACAUUCCAGAACUAUGGCCAGGCACUCUUCAAACCUAUGAAGCAGACAAGGGAGCAAGAGACGCCUCCAGACUUCUUCUACUUCUCCGAUUUCGAGCGGCACAAUGCAGAGAUUGCUGCCUAUCAUCUUGACAGAAUUUUGGAUUUCCGCCGUGUCCCCCCAGUGGCUGGCAGGUUGGUGAAUAUGACCAAAGAGAUCAGAGAUGUAACCAGAGACAAAAAGCUGUGGAAAACCUUCUUCAUCUCCCCAGCCAACAAUAUCUGUUUCUAUGGUGAGUGCUCGUAUUACUGCUCCACUGAGCAUGCUCUGUGUGGGAAGCCUGACCAGAUCGAAGGUUCUCUGGCAGCGUUCCUGCCUGACCUUGCCCUGGCCAAGCGCAAGACCUGGAGGAACCCCUGGAGACGCUCCUACCACAAGCGCAAAAAAGCAGAGUGGGAGGUGGAUCCAGAUUACUGUGAGGAGGUGAAGCAAAGUCCCCCAUAUGACAGUGGCACACGUCUACUGGACAUUAUGGAUAUGACCAUCUUUGACUUCCUCAUGGGCAACAUGGAUCGGCAUCACUAUGAGACAUUUGAAAAGUUUGGAAAUGAAACCUUCAUUAUUCAUCUGGACAACGGAAGAGGAUUUGGCAAACAUUCCCACGAUGAAGUUUCAAUUCUGGCACCUCUGAGUCAGUGUUGCAGAGUGAAGAAGUCCACCCACUUGCGGCUGCAGCUACUGGCUAAAGAGGAGUAUACACUAAGCGCUCUGAUGGAGGAGUCUCUCCAGAGGGACUCACUCGCCCCCAUUCUCAUCCAUCCACACCUCGAGGCCAUGGACCGCCGCUUGCGCCUGGUGCUGCAGGUCCUAGCUGACUGUAUUGAGAAAGAGGGCUACAGCAGUGUCGUGGAGGAUGACCUGGCCUCAGAAGGCAUGGACGUGGCCACAGACACAAGGAGGUAGUAGGUCACUGCUAGGGGUCCUUCCAAGUCCCACCGCAGCUAAAUACACCAUGAACGUCUUGCAAGAGAAACUCUUGAUGACUUUUUCUGAAUUCAGUGAAUUCCAAAGGCUCUACCAGUGGACCAUGUAUGUAGAGCCGAACACAUACAUGAAUGGACGACAUGGACAUAUAUAUUGCUGUCUGAAUAUGUGGACUUGCGUGUCUUAAUAUCAUAGGAGGUCUUUUUGUCUUUGCUCUUUAAAGGCUAAAGCAUAGCGAGCCAAAAUUCUUCAACAAAUACCAACAAAAGCGGAACUUGGGGUGGUGGCUCAUACCUGUAUGUGAUAGUUGAGAGAUUCUAGAACAUUCUUCCACUCACACUAUUAUAGAAUGUUCUCUCCCAUUCUAGAAUGAAUCUAAAAUUUAUUCACACUAGUUUGAAACAUUUGUUUUGAGACAUUGGACAUUGGCUUGCCAAUUUAAUUCUGGAAAAGUAUAAAGCCAACUGCCAAUGUUAGAAUGCUGGUGUUUGAUGGAGAACAUUGGUUCAGUGUGCCAUGGCCUUAUGGCACAGAUUGGAAAGAGAAACUGUGCAUUUAACAUAAAUUUUUUUUUUUUUUUUUAAAGAUAAACAGCUUUGAGUGGAGUGCAGGUUAGCUCCAACAUGUGUUCAUCACCAACCAUCCUAAAAUUAUUUAUUUGAGUUUCAUAUUUAUUUAGAUUAAAGUGGUUUACCAAACUUCUCACAUGAGUAUGGUCAGCACAGAAAUGGAUUCAAAGUGAAAAAAACUUAAUCAAGUUGCAGUAUUUGUGAUAGCAUUUAGAAAAGUGAAAGUUUGUGUAUUUAAAACAUUCCUGUUAUAUUGGAGUCAUAGAGGAUUACACUUGUAAUAAUAUCAGUAAAUCACAUUAAUGCAAUCUCUAAUUAAUCAUUUUUAAUCAAUUUUGAGAGGUGGCCUAAAAUUGUGAAUAUUUGGUACAUUUAUUCAUAGGACAUCCUGACUUAAGAUACAGCACAAACAGUAAAUGAAUAACCCCAUAAACGUUAGUAAAUACUUGAAUGGAUCCCCUUUCUUUGUCUUUAAAUCUUUUGGUUUGAGCUUACAUAAAUGACUGUUGCAUUUUUGGUAACAAUGUUGUACCCACACUUGCACCCAUGUUCACCAAAUCUUCCCCAAUUUUCUGCUUUUUGUCUGACAAAUUCAAAAUUCAAAUUCAUAUUAUUCGCCCCAGUGUGCAUCACAGAUAUAUAAACUCCUGUUUCAGAAUUUCCAGAGUGUAAGAUUUUGGUCCUAAUCACACAGGCAAGAAUAACAGGUCAGUAACUGCAGAGUUAUGUAUGGCUGUGAUGCUGUAUUUUAUCUGGUUAGGCACUCUCUCAUUAGGUGGAAAUGAAAUGUGGCUCUCUGCUAUUGCUGUAAGCAUGCACUAGGCGAUCAGCACACCUGUUUGGUCACAAUGGAAUUAAAAGAAUUGCUUCUCUGAAAUUUAUUUCUCCUAAUUGCGUUUUUACUAACUGCUAAUUUGCAAAGAUCAUUUAGUCAGUUCACAUAUUUUUAUCACAUUUCUAGUACAGCUUUAAUAUUAUGUAUGUACAUUCAAAUUAACUUGAUUUCACACGGUUGAUGUAUGUACUUUUAUUUCCAAGGGAGCAGUGAGUUGGAGCGCUAAUGUACAAAGCUAGCAAGAGUUUAAACUGCACUAGAGCAUAUUUCAGCAACUGCUGAGAAAGGCCUGUAAAUACUAUGUGAAUCCAUUGUGCAAUUAUAGAAAUACUUGAAUGUUGGGUUCUGAAUAAAGGGGUUAAGGAGCCAAGAGAUGGAAUUCUAAUUACCCAGUUAAGGUAACGUGCUACAUUCUCCAUAUAUUGUUUUACAGUUUUCUUAUUGAGUUCACUCAGAUUUUAGAGAUGUUCGGCAUACAUGCUUUUUCUUGUACUGUUUCAGUGGAGGGUUUCUUUUUCUUGUCCAAGUGCAAUAAACUGAACAUUGCAGCACA